GUUCCAGUCAAGUUGGUUUUGGCCCAACAAACUGAAGUUGGCAUUUCACUUCUGCUCUUCUAAAAAAUGAGAAACACAGCUGCUCUGAAUCCCUGAUGGGUAAUUUACAACUUUUGGUUAUUCAGCACAAAUAUAAUGUGUACCACAAUAAAUAAAACCUGAGGCCAUUUCACCAAAGCAAGGCCAAUGCUUGGACCUCAAUCUCAAUCUCUCUAUUUUGUUUCGUUCAUUUACAUGUAAAUGAAUAUUGGUUUCACCUAAGCAACCUAAUUCAAGCGAGACAAUAGGAGUGGGGAUGGAUUGUGUAACUUCUUUCUGUCACCCUCCUCCUCUUUCUUUCCCCAGUAGGACAGGUGUGGCACAUGUACACCUGACCAGUAGCACAGCGACAGCUGCUCAGGUGACAGCGCUCGCUCAGGUAGAGAGACAUGUUGAGCAGGAGGAGGACACAAAACGGGGAGGGACAGUAAGAGAUGGAAAUAUCCUGUAAACAAAUGAAGUACAGCUGAACUAAGACACACCUGGGACUUCAAAAAAGGAUACCAGAGGAACCGAAACUGCGUCGAUCACUCCAGAUAAGUUCAUGGUUAGAGGGGCAGGCAUGUGAAAGAGGCGGCACAUGUUAAGGACUGACAAAGAUAGCAGAGAAGACUGAUCAGAGAGCGAGAGAGCGCGACACUGAAGGCAAAACAAGCACCGCAGGGAUCAAGAGAGGCUCUUCUUGAAGAGGAUUUUUCCAGCAGCUUCACAGAUCUUCCCAUCAUGGCCUCGAUGGGGAUGCAGCUGGUGGCCAGUGCCCUGUGCCUCCUGGGCUGGGCUGGGGUCAUCACCAGCUGCGCGCUGCCUAUGUGGAGUGUGACCGCCUUCGUGGGCAGCUCCAUUGUGACCUCUCAGACUGUCUGGGAGGGCAUCUGGAUGACUUGUGUGGUUCAAAGCACAGGACAGAGGAUGUGCAAGCCCUAUGAGUCCCAGCUGGCUCUCAGCGCCGACAGGCAGACCGCCAGGGCGCUCAUGAUCCUCGCCAUCGUUACGGGCAGCUUUGGCCUCAUCCUGGCCUUCGUGGGUGGAAAAUGCACCCGCUUCUUGGAUGAUGAAGGAAAUGAAGGAAGGAAGGAGAAAGUGGCCAUAGCAGGAGGGGUGGUGCUGAUGAUCACAGGGCUGCUGUGUUUGAUCCCUACAGCAUGGGCGGCCGGGACGGUGGUGAAGAACUUCUACAGUGCAGCCAUAGACGCUCAGAAGAGGGAGCUCGGCGCUUGCCUCUACAUUGGCUGGGGGGCAGCGUUUCUGCUCAUCCUGGGAGGGGGUCUGUUCAUGAAGUCCUCCUGCCCAGGCAAAGCCCAUGACACUGACAAGAGGCCCUCAGUUCGCUAUGUGGUAGUCCAAUCCUCUAAAGGAUCAACCCGCGCUGGCUCCCGUCUCACCAGGGUGCCGAAGGCGCUGGCUCAACCCAUCAAACCCAAGUCGCCUGGGCCCCAAAGCUUUGUGGCGCCAACCGCCAAUCCUCAGCAGCUCUCAAGGCUGGGAUAUGACGUCGAAUCCCAGCAGAACAUGGGAGAGGAUUCAGAGAAAUCCUGGGCUCCAUCGACAAAGUCUCAGAUGAAAAGGCCCGAGUCGAGAAAGUCCGAACACAGCGACGCGCCAUCAACAAAGUCCCAGUUGAAACAAGCUGAACUGGACGAAACUUUAUCAGCUGCCAGUGAAAAUGAAGAGGCAGCAGAAAACCCAGCGAAAACUUACCUGUAAUAGAAGAAGGAAUACUUCAGUUUACAUUUAGUUUGCAAUGUUUUAUAGAUGAUAAUGUUUAAUAUAAUUAUUAUUUGUUGUGUUUAAUGUGAAGGACUUUUAUCAAAAUGAAGGAGACAAAAUUAAAAUUUAACAUUUUAUGUGCUUGAACUGAUUGUCACAAGUAAAACAAGUGAAGUAUGUACAACUUGUGAUGAAUGAGCUUAUUCAACUUGAACUGUUGGUUUUAACUUGCCAUGCUAAUGUGAGAUAUUACACUGCAUCAACUGUUUUUAGUGUUUUAAUGCACUGAAUAAAUUUGAAUGUAAUAUUUUAUCUCAGGCUUUUGAGUUUGUUGUUUUUUACCUUAUCUAACAAAGACACAGCAACUUGAAUGACUAUGUUUGAUUAUUUUUACUUAUUUGUUAUUACUUUAUACAGUUAAAUGUGUGGAAAUAAAUGCUCUACCUAUUACACAACAAAGGUUUCUGUAAAUACUUUUCAUCAGAGCAUCUAAUUGUGAUUAUAUUUUUAUUUUAUUUAAACAUGUAACAGAAAAUGUAUCUCACGUUUCAAUAAAUUGACAAAAUGUGAA